GCAGGUUUUAUUCUAGUUUUAAAUUGUUUUUUAUUUUAUCGGUAAUCCUUUCCAUUCGUUUUUUAUCGUUUUCUUCAAAUUGUUCCACUGAUUAUGCUAUUUUUACAAGAUUAAUUAACCAAAAGGAAUAUGAAUCUAAUGAGUUGGAAAAUUCGGGAAUGAAGGGAAAAAACAGAAAAAAAUACUUUCAUCUGUCUAAAACAGCGGGAAAUCGCGCCGUGUGAGUAUACCCAGAGAAUUCUCUCCUGGAUCAUUAAUAUUCCUUUUUAAAAAAUUUAUUUAUUUUUAAUCAAUUUUAUAGGUAAAACAAUUAAAUAAUUAGAUGAUUAAACUAUUUAUUCGAAUAUUUCUAUUUCCCCUUUUAAUUUUAUUUUUUGAAUUUAUCAAAGUUGAAGCACUUGCUUCAGUCUUAAUAUCAUCCCCCUUUGACAAUUUUCGGAUAGAAUGUCCACAAACUUCGGGUGCCCAAAGAUUGGCAAUACGAAUGGUGGAGUCACAAGGGCAGAAGAGACAAGAUACCGUUUUUGUUUUGAGUUGUCAACAAAUUGGGGAGUUAUAUCCAUGGCUAGAAAUACCAGAAGAAUUGGCAGAUCAAGAACAUGAAGAAUGCCACUAUACACAACAAUUUGAUAUUUUGCUGGACAAACAAAUGAAUUGGACGUGUUCAGAGAGGGAAUACCUUGCCGGAAUAGCCCGCUUGUCUGAUACAAGAAUACAAUUGGAAUGCUGCAAAUUGCGAACUAGAAACGAGGGAAAUUGUGUUGAGUAUGAUUAUGAAAAACCGGCAGGGAGUGGGGCACGUGUCGAGAUUGAAUACCAGGGAAAAUUAAUUAAUGCUUUGGCCGUCUAUGGAGAUUUAAUUCGUGUACGUUUUUGUGAUUUGUCGCCUAGACCGAUUGAUGAUAUAAUGGCUGAAACAACAAAAACAACCCCUACAAUAGCCAUUGCUCACGCAGUUACAAGCAAGGGAAAUUCUGGAUUUCCUUUAAGACCGCCAACCAAUUCGGUCGGAUUUAGCCAAAGAAUUGAAGUUCCUUCUCUUCUUAAUGAUCCUCGAACAAUUGCUAAGCAGCGUGCAACAGCAAUAAUAGCUCUUCAAAAUCAGCUUAGUAAUAGUCCGAAUGUUCCACCCCCAAUAAAUGAAGAAUUGCCUCCAGCAAACUUAGCCGAUGGGGUGGAUGAAGCAUUUUCAAUAGACGGGGCACAACAACACAACGAGAGGGAAAAUUUUGACCAAGAAAUAAAACAAAAUAUGGAAAACCGAAACAAUGCCCAAGUUGUAGAACAACAUGUAGAAGCUGUUCAACAACAAGUUCAAAGUGUACAUCCUCAGACUAGUGAGUCCAUUCAAAGUCAAGUUCAUCCAGAUACCCAGGAAGCUAAAAUAAAUAAUGAAGAAGUUCAAAAAGAACGGCAUCAAGUUCAAGCAGUUCAGGAACAAAAUCUUGCUGCUUAUCCUGAAGCUUAUCCUGAGGCUAGUCAACAAAGGACAGAAAUAAAGGUUCAAGAUAAAAAUAUAAGAGAUAAGGAUAUAGAACAACAAACGACGUCAAAGCCUGUAAUAAACGUGGAAUCAAUGCUAGAAAUGUCACCAAUAAACAUUAAAAAAUCAACAAAACCAGAACAGCCGCCAAUAACUUCUGAAGGACAAGAACAACAAAAUACGGAAAGAAACAAAAAUGCAGAAAUUGCUUCUCCAAGAAUUAAAGUAUAUGGACACAAUCCAUUUAAAACAAUCCAAUUUGGCCGUAUCCUACAAGCAGUUGGUGAACGCAAAAAGGAAUUGGCAGUGAAAAUUUUGAGGCAUCAUAAAAACCCACCAGAUCAUGUUCAAAGUUUAGAAUAUGGAAGAGAACAAAAACAUGAUGAAAAAACAGACGAAAGACUGAAACAAGAGCAACAAGAACUAGUAGAAAAACAACAAACACAGAACGAACAAGGACAAAUACAAAAUGAAAAACAAGAGAAUCAACAAAACAAUGAACAAACAAACGAACCUAAACAACAUCACUCUCACCAACAAGACGAACAAAAACAAGAGGAAAAACAAGAGGAAAAACAAGACGAACAAAAACAAGUGGAAAAACAUGAGGAAAAACAAGAUGAAAAACAACAUCAAGAAACACAACAAAUUAAAGAAGAGGAACAAAACAAAAAAGAAAAACAAACACCCCAACAUUUAGAAAACUCAAUAUCAAAAGCUUUAGCUGCAAAAAAGCAAAUAUAUGAACCAAUAAAAUCGAAUUUAUUGUUAAGGCGUAAGGGAAUGCGUGAACAUACUUUUACGUUAACCCCGCCAAGACCUGUUGAUGUUUCUGCUGGAAUUAGUAACGGAAUUGAAGAUAGAGAAAGGGCUGAGCUGACAAUUCAACGAAGAGUGGACGCUAUUAGGGCCGUAGAAAAGCGGCUCCAAGUAAAAACAAUUCAGAUUCCUAGAGAGGAAGGUGUGGAAAUCGGAAGAAUUUCACAUGCAGAUGCAGCUGACUCAAACUCAACUGAAAACAUCAUUGCAGCCAAACAAAGCGAUUGGGAGAAUAAUUCUGAAACAACGGAUCAAAUUUCCCCGAAAAUCUCAAACAGUGAUUCAGGAGAUGGGGAAGCUAUGCAUCGAAUAUUAUUUGGAGAACCUGUCCAAAUUACACCAAAAAAUGUUUCGAGUAAAUUUAAAGAAGCAAAUGUUUCUCAAGCUUUGGAACAAGUAAAAACUCUGGAACAAGAUUUAAAUAAACUCGAGAAUAAGCAACCAAAAACAGAAACAAUUAAUUUGUCUAGCUUCCCAAAUGUAUUAGAAACAACCCAAUCUCCUGCUGCAAUAUGGUGGGAGCCAAUGGUUGUUAAUACUGAACAAAAACAACAAAAUCAAAAAGCUUUUUUGCCAACAGAGAAUAGGCCGAAUAACAACAGAAAACAAGUUAAUGAUCAACUCGACUUUGCUACAGUUACAGCAUCUGAUUCAUUGGAUAAUGAAGCAAACGAAACAACCCCGCUACCAUUCACUAUACCGGCAGAUGGACCUGUAGCACAAGAAGUUAGAGAAAAUGCAUUGUUAGCACAAAAACGAGUUGAAGCUUUGCCGAAAAAUAAAUUGAGAAUUUUCUCAAUAAAUUAUGGCAAUCCGGGAUGGAGGAAAUUAAUUUCUGAAAUUUCUAAUGAAGGAAAAAUGGAGGAUUCUGAUAAUGAAAAUAAUGUUGCUAAUACAACGUUAACAGAAAAUUUAAAUGAAACGAACACCUCAACAAGCGAAAUUAAUGAGCACAAUUCUGAAGCAAACUUAACUAAAGAGAAUACAACUAACGAAGUUUUAUCACUCCGGAAAUCGUUGCCAAUAUAUACAUUAGAAUGGGAAAAAGACAAUAAACAACAUCAACAACUUAGAAAUAUCCAGCCUGCAUUAUCAGAUAACAAAACGGUUUCACCAGCACAACAAUCAGUUGAAACACUGUUUCCAACACAGUUAGAAAGCGGGAAUAUUGAUAAUUUGAGUUUAAAUGAGAGUAAAUCUGGUGAAAACACGAGAUCUAAUAGUAGCAAGUCUAAUAGCAAAGAUAGAAACAAGAAGCUUCCACCACCUCCAACAAGUGAAGAGUUUGCUGAUGUAAUGUUAAGAGAAAUAGACGAUCAGGAAAAAGUCCCGUUUUCAUUCUCUCCCCAUAAUGCAACAAAUACAACAACAAUUCCCCAAUUAAACUUUCCCCGACAAUUUGAUGAUGCAAAAACAUCGAAACGUAAGGAACAUCAUAAAGCACAUACUGAGGAAAAUAAUGAUGAAAAUUUUGCUGAUUAUUUUGUAGAUGAAUUAAAUUCAGAAAAUAAUACCCAUGCUUUUCUUUCACGUCGAUCAACAACAGUAGGAACUGAAAACCAAAUUUUAGUAGAUGGAGUAAAAAUUUUCAAAAAUGAAACAACUGGAGAAAUUAACGAAAAACAAGGCGAAAAGAAGAAGCGUAAAAGAAAGAAGAAAAAAUUACUUGAAGGAAUUGAAGAAAAUAAUAGACUUAUUCCACCUACAACAUCAUUAGCAACAUCUGAAAAACUUCCUCCAUUGGAUGCCUUUCCGUCUCCUCCACCUUUAGAUUCUAGAGGGAAACUUGCAAUUUUAGCAGCAGCUUCAUCUAAACAAUUUGCACAGUUACCCCCUUCAUCUCCCCAAGCAUUAGUUAAACAACAACAACAAAAAAAGUUUCAAAACAUUGACUACAAAAGAGAAUUAGAACAAAGAUUAGGAUCUGAACAUAAAACAGCGGAAACAUUAGCAAUAGAAUUAGCAAAAGCCUCAAACAAUCAAGAACAUCCAACAUUAAAUACUGCUGAAGAAAACAACACUAAAAAGAAUGUUUCUAAGAAAUACAAAAACAGAAGAAAACAACAACAAGAGCAACAACAAGAAAACAAACAUGAAGAAAGGGAAGAGAAUGUAGAACUAAAACAUGAGAGUCAACAACAACAUAAACAAAUAAAAGAAUACAGAAGCCAACAAUUUGCGGCGCUAAUAGCAACAACCUCUCGUCCUAUGCGUAUGGGUGUCGAUUACGAGGUUGCUGAUGAUGAAGGGAAUGCUGAGAGAGAAAUAACCAAUUACCAUACUACCAUUACUCAAUUUCCAAAAACUAGAACAACAAGACUUCCUUUGUUUAAGCGCCGGCAAUUAGACAGAAUAGCUUUGGAGGUUUUUGGACCCUCAGCUUUUGACCCAUCCAUUGAACAUCCUCAAAUUGAUGUUGCUUUGCUUUCAAGACGUCCAUUAAAUCAACAAUUUCGACAUAAACGGCCUCCUACACGUGUGGAAGGACCUGUGGAAACAUCAACAGGAAUGAUGGGAUUGCCCGACGAAGAAACUGAUAUUUCUCCUUUUGAUGCUGAACGUGCUCAACUUUUGGAAAGGCUUAGGCAUAAUCAUAAAAAUAGGCAAGAAGAACAUAUAGAGACGUUUGACGAUACUGAAGCAACUCAACAUGAAGCUGAGUUAUUUUUCCGGAAGUUUUUAUGGUUAUAUAUUUUCCAGAAAUUAUUGUUUUUAUAUUUUCCGGAAACAUUUAACUGCCUACUUAAUUUAAUAAUUGCUUCCGGAAAAAAUAUAUUUUCAGAAUUAUAUGUAUGUUUUCCGGAAUUAUUGCCUUUAUAUUUUCCGGAAACAUUUAAUGGCUUCCGGAAAGAAUAUAUUUCCAGAGUUAUAUGUUUUCCGGAAUUAGUUAAUUUAUCAAUUAAAGUUAACAAGCAUUACAACAAUAGAAGAGAAGAAAACUUGAAUAGAAACACUAAAAAAAACCAGCUCCAAAAUAAUUUUGAAAAUUCUUUUAAUCACGAAACAACAAUUUCUUUGCCCAAUUUUGAAAAUAGAAACCAAAAUUUUAUCCAAAAGAAUUUUGGAAAUCACGGACACUUUGAAAGAGUAGAAUCUCGUUUUGAGAAAGCCAGUCCUUUUGAUGAUCGUCACGAAGAGGAGCAUUUUGAAGACGAAGAGGAACCGCGUACUAUGGCUUCUAAAAAUGCUGAAAUUAGGAGAAAACCGAGCCUUACUUCUGUACCUUUUAUUCCACCAACUACAAAUUUUAAAGACGAAGAGAUUUCUUCAAUAAAUAAUGAAGCAGCCGUAAAACGCUCAAUCGCUUCUCUUCAAGUUAAAAAAGACGGAAGUCCUUUGUUUUCCCCUAAAGAUAAUAAACCUAUGAUGAAAAUGCCUUCUGAAAAUAUUGAAAAAAUGAUACAGAUUGAUGAGAGAAAUGAUAUUAGCACAAGUGAAACACAAAGUUUGGAGGAUAUACUAGUUCCAAUGGGUAUGAACGAAACAACAAAAAAUUACUUAGAAGAAACAACACAACCGCCAACAGAAACAACAGAACAAACAACAAAACAAAAAGAAAAACAAAAUAAAAAUUUAAACAAACACAAAAACAAACAAAACAUAAAUACAGAAGGCAGUGGAAAUAAUUAUUGGAGGUUUUUUGCUGAGCCAAACAUUUAUAGAACAACAACAGAAUUUCCACUGGAACAACAACAAGAAGAGGAAGCACAAUUUUACAACGCUGACAAAUACUUCCAUUUGCCAAACAGGCGGCAAAACAACAAACAAAGGGAGAAUGAAAAUGGUCAGUAG